CGUGACUAAGCACGGAAGUGUUAGAAGCAUGCACAGUUGGGAGACUGACCUAGACCGGAAAAUAGAUUAAUAAACCUAAUAGAUCCCCGUUUUUGUAAAAUGAGUUAGAUGUAUUGCUAGUAAAUACCCAGAACCGAGCAAUGCCUGUAGUUCCUGCGAACCAGCCGCAGCUGAUCCGCUCGAGUCAGAAGGAUGAGUACUACCAGAACAACCUGACAAACAACGCCAACGAGCUCUUCCACGCAUGCGCGGGUUCCAGACGCUGGCUUCAGUGGAGAAAGGAAAUUGAAUUACUGUCUGAUCUGACGUACUAUGUCUUAACAACUUUAUCUGGCUAUCAGACGCUGGGCGAGGAGUAUGUCAGCAUCAUCCAGGUGGACCCCAGCAAGAGAAGAAUCCCCUCGCGGAUGCGCAGAACCGCGCUCAUCUUCUUCCACACGUUUGUGCCUUAUCUUUUGGACAAGGUCUUGAUCUGCAUUGAGAAUGAGCUGGAAGCAGAAGCACCUCAGACGAGCAGAACCUGGAGGCCGUUAUCACAUGUGCGGCUGUGGAUUCAGAGAGCUGUAGGGAUGCUGACGGAGUCCCAGAGGAAGGCUCUGAUUCCGCUCGUAUUUGCCCUGCAGCAGGGGAUCACACUGCUGUACAGACUACAUGUGGCCGUCUUUUACAUCACUGGAGCCUUUUACCACAUUGGCAAAAGAGCUGCAGGUGUCAGUUAUCUGAGAGUGGGAAAUGUGGCUGGCGAUGACCCGCGGAUCAGUACCAGUUACCGUCUGCUGGGGGCUCUGUCUCUUCUGCAGCUGGGCAUCACUCUCACACUGCAGUUUAACAACCUCAGGCUGAGACAGAGAGCUCGACACGAGUGGAAGCAGCACAGAAACCUGCUCCCCAGUCGUCAGGUCAGCCAGUCGUCGUCUCGCUCCUCGCGCUGUGUCUUGUGUUUGGAGGAGCGCAGGAACACCAGCAGCACUCCCUGUGGUCAUCUCUUUUGCUGGGAGUGCAUUACUGAGUGGUGCAAUACCAAGACCGAAUGCCCGCUGUGUCGAGAGAAGUUCCAGCCUCACAGAUUGGUUUUCCUGAGAAACUACAAGUAGGCCGUGGGUUGAUCAAGACUAAGAGAAUUGAACUCUGUUUGCGUUAGUGUUUAACGAUGGCAUGACGUGGAAAGGACAAUACACAUUUCUUCCUGUAAUUUGUUUUGU